CGUCAUUUUGCCUAACGCGCAAAAGGCUACGAACGUCUGUGCUACUCGACGCUAAUCUCCCGAGGACAUGGCCGUAUCCGAAGUCACAAAUGGGCGGAAGAAGAGAAAGCAAGCUGACGCCGAGCCAGAAGUUGUGAAGAGUACUUUCCCGGAAACGGUCGGACUGGAGUUGCCGAGCGAUGAGGAGGAAGGCGAGGACGAGUCGGAUGAUGGAGAGGUGGAGGAGUUUCCCGAGAUAGAUGCGAGGAGUGACAGCGAGGACGAUGCUGAAGAUGGUAGCGACGAUGAAGAGGAAGAUGAAGACGAAGAAGACGAUGAGGACGAAGAAGACGAAGAGGAAGACGACUCAGUCUCGGACAGCACUUCAGAUGCUGGAGUGUUCCCAAAACCCAAGACCAUCGUAUCCGACAUUACUGGACAGCCGAAACGCGUAUAUCCUGAUAUUGAGCCUGACUACGACUCCGACUCGUCCACGGAAGAUGACCCUAAUCGUAUAGGAAAUGUGCCAUUACACUGGUACGAUGAUAUGCCACAUAUUGGCUACAAUAUCAACGGCAGGCGGGUCCUGCGACCAGCUCUCGGUGACGAAUUGGAUAAAUUCUUGAGUACUGUCGAAGACCCGCAAGCGUGGCAAUCUGCAUUCGACAAGAAUGCUCAAAUGGACAAGCCCCUGACGGGCGAGGAACUUGAUCUCAUUCGGAGACUUCAGGCAGGAGAAAACCCAGAUGGGGACUACAAUCCCUAUGAACCAACUGUAGAAUGGUUUACGGGCAAGGGCAAGGAGGAAGUCAUGCCUCUGUCCGCUGCACCUGAACCCAAACGACGGUGGCUCGCAAGUAAAUGGGAGAAGAAAAAGAUUAUGAAAAUUGUACGGGCCAUUCGCCUAGGCCGCAUCGUACCUUCAAAACCAAAAGCCACAGACGGCAAACACUUCUAUGACAUAUGGACUGAAGCACCGUCAGAGCAUGCCCCUCCUCUCCCCGCACCUAAACCCUCCCUUCCUACCCACUCCGAAUCUUACAAUCCUCCAGCAGAGUACCUUCCUGCAGAGGAAGAGCGAAAAAAAUGGCAAGAAGCCGAACCAGAAGACCGCGAGCAGGACUACCUGCCGCAGAAGUAUUCUGCUUUGCGUCUGGUGCCAGCAUACGACCGCUUUAUCAAGGAGCGCUUCAACCGCCAGCUCGACCUCUACCUCGCCCCUCGCAUACAACGCAAAAAGCUGAACAUUGAUCCCGAAAGCUUGAUACCCAAGCUUCCCUCGCCGAGUAGUCUGAAACCUUUCCCGAACUAUAAAUCGCUCAAGGUUGCCCAUACUGAGGGACGAACGCGAUGCGUCAGCGUCAGUCCCGACGGGUCAUGGGUCGUAAGUGGCGAUGAAGGUGGCAAUCUUAUCCUUUGGGAGGUGAUUGUCGGUCGCGCGGUUAAACGGUGGAAGCUUGAUGGCAAGAUUGGCACAGUGGAAUGGUGUCCCAGAACGGACGUUGCUUUCUUCGUGGUCGGAACGGAGGAGAAGCUGCAAUUCUUUGUGCCACCAAACCUUCCACGAGCUGUGCUGUCUUUGACGCAAUCUAUUCUCGCUCCCGCUACCCUGCCUCCGCCCACCCCAUCAUCGAUCAAGUGGACGUCUUCAUUUUCAUCCGGGGAAAAUGAAGCAUUGCUAACGAUCGAACUUUCAUCUGGUUCGGGCCUGCCGAAGCAGUUUGCGUGGCACCGCAAAGGUGACUACCUUGCGUCCGUGUCAACGAAUGAAAGUCAAGGUGGGGUAUGGGUUCACCAGCUUUCACGGCGACAUUCGCAAGCGCCUUUCAAGAAAAUCAAGGGCACCGUACAACUGGUUCAAUUCCACCCUUCAAAACCACACUUCUUUGUCGCCACGCAGCGCUAUGUCCGACUGUACAAUUUAGCAGAGCAGAAGCUCCUCAAGACCCUAAUGCCUGGUAUAAGAUGGAUCUCAUCAAUGGAUGUGCAUCCCUCGGGCGAUCAUGUAAUUGUUGGAGGUUACGAUCGCAAGCUUUGCUGGUUCGAUCUCGAGCUGAGCGACAAGCCAUACAAAAUUCUACGGUAUCACACAAGGGCAAUCCGGUCGCUCCAAUUCCAUCCAACAUAUCCACUGUUCGCGUCAUCGUCCGAUGACGGAUCUAUCCAGAUCUUCCAUGCCAGGGUUUACAAUGACCUGAUGACGGACCCGCUGAUCGUGCCUCUCAAAAUCUUGCGGGGACAUGAAGUUAAGGAUGGACUAGGCGUAUUGCAGGUAAAGUGGGUUCCCCGACAGCCUUGGCUUGUCAGCGCUGGCGCGGAUGGCAGUGCGAUGGUCUGGUGUAGUUGAUCGUGAGCCGUGUACGUUGAUGGGUUGCAUUCAUUUCGGUUAGGCCUGCAUCUGGCCUAUCUUUACAAAGCAGGUCCCGCCGGGCGGCGAAGUCGGGUGUCAAGCGCUGGGAAAGUGCCUCAACAAAGACGAUUGCG